GAAUCGGUAUUUGUUAAAAGGGCAUCAGUCACUUUUUUUCACAAUUCCACUUUUUGGUGGAUUUGGAUUCUUUAUUUCUAGAUCUACAUUCUGUGUUAAUAGGGCAUCAGUCAGUCAAGUAAUAAGCCCACAGCACAAGGUUGAAUAUUGUGUAAUUUGUUAAAAAGGCAUCAGUCUAUGACUCAUGCCCUUUUAACUAAAAAUGUUGGCUGUACUUUUGUUUAGCUACAGCUGUUAACAUGGAAACAGCUGUCUAGCAGCUUGAAUAUUGUGAGCAGGUUUUAAGGUUAUAGUUUUCAGAUUCUUUGGUUAAUUCAACAGAGUAAACGAGUAGAAAAAUAUGAUAGAAAAUAUGGAAAGUGUUAAUCAUGAUGUUUCUCGUAAAAGGAAGUUUACAGAUCCUAGUGAGUACAAAAGGAAUCAAAUAAGGAAAGCCAUUAUCAAAGGGGAGAAAUAUGUGAACCAUAAAGGCAAUGAAACUCCAGCUAAGAAGCCUUCAUUUACUUGUGGAUGCAAGAGAAAUUGCUUGGGAGAGUUUCCAGAGGACAACGUGACUGAGAUUUUUGCUAGGUUUCACGACCUCGGUACGAAAAAUGAACAAGACAUGUUACUAUAUGGACUUAUUGAUGUGGAGGAAGUGGCAAUACGUAGACCAAGAAAUGCAAAUCCAAGAAUAAACAGUGCUAGUUUCAAAUAUCACCUUUUGAUUGGAACUUCAAGACAUAUAGUAUGUUUGAAUGCUUUUGUCAAUGCUUUUGGUGUUACAACUAAAAGAGUCCGGCGAAUCAGAGAACUCAAGAAGGCCUGCAAAACUCCCGAAGAUAAAAGAGGAAAGGCAGUGUCUUUUUCCGUGUCCGAUGAAAUAAAAAGCUUGGUUAGAGAACAUAUUAGUUCAUUUCCUGUGAAGGAAUCCCACUAUUUGGGAGGAACCAAAUUUUAA